AUGGGCAUUUGCAUAUCGAGAGCAUCUCCAGAGAUUCAUGACAGAGACUAUGGCCAUGAACAUGUUUUUUAUUACCAACAAACCAUUUCUGAUCAUAGAAUUGGCUCCCUCCAUACUCAUCAAGGAUACAAAGGUUUCAACCAAGAUGCCGCUAUUCUUUAUCAGGAUUAUGGAAUGGAAAAUGGUGCUUUUGGUGGGGUUUUUGAUGGGCAUGGAAGGAAUGGUCAAAUAGUGAGCAAAUUUGUGAGAAACAUGUUGCCAUCAUUGAUUGUUAACCAAAGAAAUUCCACCAUAAUCAAGGGCAAAACGGUAAUUGAGCAUGAUGAUGAGUUUGACUUCAAGGAUUUCCAUAUUUGGAAAGAUGCCUGUUUUAGUGCCUUCAAAGUCAUGGACAAGGAGAUCAAGCUUAUGGAACAUAUAGAUUUCUCUUAUAGUGGUAUAACUGUUGUUAUUGUCAUCAAACAGGGGUUCGAUCAGUGGGUUUUGAAUGUUGAUGAACAUCAGCUAUGUAAUUCAAAUGCCUUGGGUAACAAGGAUGGGGUUGCUUCAUGCAAGUUCAGCCAUUAA